UACCUGUAGGUAUUCCUGCUCGGACUUCUAGUCGGUGCAGGUGGUUCUUCCGGCCUCGGAGCUCGGUAAAUUCUCCACCCGUCGCAAACACCGGGGCCGACCUUUCGCAAACAUCAUCAUCCGUAUCCAGAUUUCACCAGUCCUCCAACAAACAUGCCAGCACCAUCACAAGGCAACAUGGCGCAGCAAGUACGGUCACUAUACAGGCAGCUUCUCCGCCAGGGCAAGCAGUUCACCGCCUACAACUACCGCGAGUACGCCAAGCGACGAACGAUCGAUGCCUUCCACGAGAACAAGGGCGUGCAGGAUGAGCGAAAGGUGCAGGAGCUGGUGCAGAAGGGUCUCCAAGAGCUGCAGAUGAUGAAGAGGCAGACGGUCAUCGGACAGUUCUACCAAAUCGACAGGCUGGUCAUCGAGGGUGGACAAUCAGGAAAGGAGACGGGCAAGCAUGGCGAGAUUGCGAGGCAAAAGGAACAAGGUUACGACUAAAGGACGCGAAUCGAUGAUGGGGAGAGGUAAACUGGGUUGUACACUAGGCUGAGGCCGUGCUGUAAAAAUACAUCGCUAUCCAGGCUUAUGAUCACAAGCGCUGUAAUAGAUGGUGCUUUCUUUUAAGACGCCUUGGAAAUCAAGAAGACGAAACUUCAUUCGCUGCCAUUCGCUAUCU